UCGUUAUAUUUCUUGUCCUUGAGCUGAAGGGCAUCUUUCAUAAGUCGGAUCCUGCUAAAUCCUGUUUCCCCUUUCCCCUUUCCCUUUCCCUUUCGACUCUUGUUCUCGUUCUCGUUCUACCUAUCUUGUAUUACCUACGAUAUAAAAAAUGUUAGGCCGGUUACUGCUCACGUUGGAUGCGCUCGGCCUGUGCUUUGGCGCCAUCAUAGCUGAUUGUUUCAAUGAGACACACUUGUUCAAUCCGCGGUGGCGACCGCAUGCUAAAUUCCACAACGCCCAGACCAUCUCCCUCGCCAUAAUCCUGUCCGGGUUGACGCUCUAUUACACGUGGCGCCGGGCGAAGACGCUCGAGCUACAUCGCGAGUUUAUGAUCGCGAGUGCAGUUAUGGGGUCUAUCUACUGGAUCGCGGGACUCCUCAGCAUCCUUUUCCCCGGUACCAUGGCUGUCGAUCCCGAGUUUGGGGGCCCGGGGUUUCCCCAGGCCAAGGUAUUCGUUGGUUUUAUGGCCGCUGGAUUGCUUGGCGCUUGGAUGGAGUAUCGUUGAUGUCGAUGAUGCUUGCUCGUUGUCAAGCGGAAAGCUGAUAUUAGGUUACGUACUCUACCUGAGUCUGGACAGAUCGAUAUGGAGGAGUUUGAAAGUACCUAAUAAUGGCUGUAUUUAAAAUGGGUUUACUUUGUGUACCCAGCCGGUUCUACUUGAUAAAAUGAAGCAAACGCAGCUAUGUAUACCUAAGUUCAAUA